AAGCCGGGUAGCGGAGGUUUUGUCCUCAUCACUUAUGGAGAUAAACAUCUGUUGCCUCACGACUCAAUAGUUCAUCUCCCUACUCAGUCCUCCACAUAUCCUCCUCACAAUAUAGCCAAGCCAUGCCGUCGUCUAAACAUAACCAACUUCCUGACACACGUACUCCGGUGUACAUUGACAUUUUGCCAGAGCUCAGCUCAUGGCCGAGCUUAUCCUCACGUUCACGUGCACCACCAUCUUCUCUAUUAAAGUCUCCUCGAGCUGCUACUGCAUUUCACCCCUCCUCGAAUGCGCCGCGUCGCAUGAGGGAUAUUGAUCCCACAGUAACCUUCGUCUCGCCCUCUGUCAUCAUCGGCAAGUCAUCCUAUAUAAUAUUAUUGGAUGGCGCGCCCAUACACAGUGAGGACACAAAACUCGAAUGCAUUGGACCAUAUUUCACCAAUUCUAUAAACCCAUCCGAUGGCGGUCCAUUGCUCUACAGCACAGCCUUAGUUCCCAAGUACUGGGAGAUCUUGUGCAAAUCCCCAGAUCCCACUAUAUACACUAUCAUUCAGGAUGUGUACCACCCAGCACCCCUUGGAAGUUCCUCAGGUCGUCCGCGCCCUAUUCUUAUAUUCUCUGCUGAAUACCACUUCCGAUACUCAGUCUCUGUAUGCAAGCUCCCAUCUUCCACGUCGCCAUACUUCGCAUAUCAAGCCAAUUCACCUUUCAUCACGAACAUUGCUCGUGCUUCUUACGAUUUACCCCAGUCCAACUGUUCGCACAACCGCCUUAGUAUGCCUCCGACCCUCUCGGAUCAAGAGAGCCUUCAGUCGCACGAAGACAGCAUGCAAAACCAGCAGUGCAAGCACUAUAUACCGGACAUCAACCUGGGGGACUUUUCACUAGUCGAAGCCAUGAUCAACAACCAUGACUCGUCUGAUGCCACAUACAAAGAGAUGAUGGCAUGGUCGUCGUUCUCAAGCUUCUUGAAAAGACAUCCGUAAUUAUAUCAUGUUACAGGGACAGUAGAGCGGAUGUAACGGUGAUAUUACAUAGCGUUUACAGAAUUUACCAUCAGCUAAUCGUCAAUUUUCCCAGUAAAACAGAUUUUAUGUAUGCUGAUAUUCUAUUAUGAAGUCCUUCGAUAUCAUGCUGUCACAGCCAGACUGAGUUCUCGCCUGUAGCCCCUCCAAUGG